AUGUUUCGACAAUUGCUUCUCUGCCUCGCGCUUUGCGCGUACCUUGCCGUCGCCGUCGAUCUCGAUGUCGAUCUCGGGUACGCCAAGUAUCGAGGCAUCCACGAGCCAGGCGGCGUAUUGCGAUGGGCGGGAAUGCGUUACGCUCGCUCCGUCUCUCGCGUGGAUGGAAUGCGAUUCGCAGCCCCCCAGGAUCCUGUCCCUGAACGUCAGGGAUUGGUUGUCAACGCCAGCAAGUUCGGCCCUCUGUGCAUUGGCACCGACUCUGCUCUCCAGAACGAGUUCGGUGGCAGGCAGUCUGAGGAUUGUCUGUUCGCCAACGUAUGGGCUCCCGCGAAGGCUACCAACGAAAGCAACUUCCCAGUCUACAUCUUCAUCCAGGGAGGCGGUUUCAAUGCUAAUGGCAAUGCCGACUACAACGCCACCAAGCUCGUCCAGGCCUCUAACAACUCCAUGGUCGUCGUUAACUUCAACUACCGUGUCGGCCCGUAUGGAUUCCUCGCAGGCAACGACGUUAUCGCGGACGACGAUGUGAGCCUGAACAACGGACUCAAGGAUCAGCGCCAAUUGUUCAAAUGGGUUCAGCAGCAUAUCACCAAAUUCGGCGGUGAUCCCAACCACGUCACAAUCGGUGGCCCAAGUGCCGGUGCUGGCUCGGUCGUUCUCCACCUCACAGCCUAUGGCGGUCGCGACGACAAGCUCUUCCAUGCCGCGGCGGCAGAGUCGCCCUCGUUCCCGCCCCUGCGCACCGAGGAGGACAGCGAGUUCAUGUACGAGGCUCUACGCAAGGAGACGGGAUGCAGUGACCUCAAGUGCAUGCGCGAGAUGCCGGCCCCUGAAUUCCAAAAGGCCGUCCGCACGAUGAAGACCAACUUCCCCGGCGGAAAGAGCCCGCCAAUCUACUUCUGGAACCCCACGAUCGAUAACGACUUCAUCAGGGACUACACGUACAACGAGCUCCGCAACGGCCAUUUCGUCAAGGUCCCCACGAUCUUCGGUAGCGACGAGAACGAUGGACUUGUCUUCACGCCCAAAUCCGCCACGUCCCUCCAGCGCGCGCAGCAGUUCGUCACGGAUCAGUUCCCCAACCUCAACAAGGAGCAAUGGGCUCGCAUCCGCAAGAUCUGGCCCGGUCCCCCAGACGCAUUCAAGGACGCUCGGUGGAAGAACGUAGCCGCCGACAUCUACGGCCACAUCCGAUACACCUGCCCCGCCAUCAACGCCUCCGCCUCCUACGAGCGCGGCAGUGAUUUCAAUUCCUGGCAAUACCGCUGGAACGUCGGCAGCGCGCUCCACGUCUCAGAGCUCGGCUCCAUCUGGAACAACGGCACGACGGCCGCCGGCGUCUUCAUCCAGCAGUACUGGGUCUCCUUCAUCAAGACAUACGACCCCAACAAGAUUCAAACCACCUUCCUCGCCUCCAAGGGCGUCCUCACCUCCCCGAACUGGGAGCCCUACGGCACCGGCAACGGCAAGCGCAUGCUCUUCACCAACCAGAACGACGUCUCCAUGGAGGAUGUCUCGCAGGAGUCCCGCGACAAGUGCGAGGUCAUCACCGGGAUUGGUGCACAACUUAGCCAGUGA